AGUUGAUCCCUUUAUUAAAAGUUGAUCCCUUUAUUAAAGAAACAUCAUUUUCCACAAGUCCUAGAUGGUAGUCUAUAUAAACACCUUAAAACCUUUGUUCCUCUCCCCCACAAACUCAAAUUGUUCACCCAUCUUGCCAUUGACUCUCCGUUGGUGGAAAGCAAAAAGAUCAAGAAUGAGGUUAGUUGUGCUUGCUCUACUCCUGAUGAUGGUGAGCUCCAGCUUGGCUGUUAACAGGAAAGCUUUGACGAUGAUCGAAAUGCACGACCAAGAUCAUCGAGAGCUAGCCGAAUUUGAGAGCAAAUUUGAAUACCCAGGAAGCAGUGUGGACAACCACCAUUACAUCCCUAGGGAGGACUUCAAUAACUACAAUGGUGGAGGUGGCAGUGGCACUGGAACUCCCCAGGGUGGUGGCAAUGAUAGUGGUGGCAAGGUCUAAAGGCUAACUAGUCACAACUAACUAAUAAGUUUCGUGGCUUUGUGUUUUGUGAGUGCGUUUAUAUCUUAAAUACUACUAUGUUUUCUGUGGGUUUUGGAUAUGAUGUAAUCUACUUAGGUUUUUAGGUGUGCUAUGUUCUUGGCAUUGUAGUGCCAAUCAUAUGUAUUUAAAUAAAUUCUUGGUUUCAAUAUAUGAGCCAAAGAAUUUGUUCCAAAAAAAUAUAUAUGAGCCUGAGUAAGAGGUGACCCAGUGGAUGAGGUACUUAUUUACCAGGUAUGAUAUUUAUGUUUAUCUACUGUGUGAUAUAGGUUUUCCUUUC